AUGUUUUUGUUUUCAAGCCAGACUUUAGCAGUCGUCAACCCAUGGUCACAGUUGGAAAAGGUGGCUGUGCUGUCCAGUUUGGAGAUCCAGAGCCUCGUCGCAGUCACCUGCUCCUGUAAGAAUGAAACUAUUUGCCGUAUCUUUGUUGAUGGCCGUUUGCCUUUUCUCUUGCGGGGAGUCUCAGACGACGUUGAACACGACUACAAAGCAACCAACAACAACUACAAAGCUCCCCCAACAACCACCAAGCUCCCAACCACAACCACCAAGCUCCCGACCACAACCACCAAGCUCCCGCCAACAACCACCAAGCUCCCAACCACAACCACCAAGCUCCCGACCACAACCACCAAGCUCCCGCCAACAACCACCAAGCUCCCAACCACAACCACCAAGCUCCCGACCACAACCACCAAGCUCCCGCCAACAACCACCAAGCUCCCGACCACAACUACCAGGCUCCCGACCACAACUACCAGGCUCCCGACCACAACCACCAAGCUCCCGACAACAACCACCAAGCUCCCGAUCACAACCACCAAGCUCCCGACAACAACCACCAAGCUCCCGACCACAACCACCAAGCUCCCGACCACAACCACCAAGCUGCCGCCAACAACCACCAACCUCCCGACCACAACUACUAAGCUCCCGACCACAACCACCAAGCUCCCGACUACAACCACCCAGCUCCCGACCACAACCCCAAAGCCAGCUGUGACGACAACAAAACCUUCAACUCCAACUUCUUCCUACUGCACCAUUUCUACGUGCAGUGUGCCAAGCGACAAUACCCUCUGCAAAUAUUCGAAUACCACCUGGGGUACAGCUUGCCAACCAGCAUAUCCAACAGCGUCAAGCGUCAACGUUAAUGAAAUCACAACCAUUUUGCAAGUGCACAAUGAUUACAGGCGUAAAGUUGCCCAGGGUCUCGAAACUCGUGGCAAUCCAGGUCCCCAACCAUCAGCGUCUAAUAUGAGGCAAUUGAUCUGGGAUGAGGAGUUGGCCGUGAUGGCGCAAACGCACGCCCAGCAAUGCGUAUUCAAACACGACACUUGCCGUGACGUCUCUCGAUUCCGAGUUGGUCAGAAUAUUUACGUCGGUGGUUCUUCCGCCGAUAACCUGGGCACAUCUAGCUGGGAAAAAGCUGUAACUGCAUGGUAUGAUGAAGUCGACGACAUGACGAGUGCUUAUGUCACUAACUUCCCGGCAAGUCCACCUAAAGUGAUUGGUCAUUAUACCCAACUUGUAUGGGCCAAUUCCUACACCGUAGGCUGUGGAGUGGCUUAUUACCAAUCAACAGCUACUUUUGAUGUUACUUCUCCGUACAAUCGAUUGUACGUGUGCAAUUACGGUCCAACUGGAAAUUUUGUCAAUUCCCCAGUCUACCAGCAAGGAACGGCUGGAUCUGCCUGUCCAGCUCCAACUUCAAAUAACAAUGGGCUGUGCGCUUAAAAACGCAUUUCUAACAAAUCCUACAUGCCUUUAUUCCUUUCUGAAAUGAUAGUAGUUUAUUUCCUCUAGCACUUAGGUUUUUUUUAUUUGCUUUUAUUAAAUGUUGAAAAACAUAACAGUAGAAUUAAUACACUUAUGUAUGACAGUU